UAUCCCCUCCGGAACGGUAGAUGGUGCACGGCCAUGGCGUCUGCGUAUACUGAAGCGGAAGUGACGAAACUUCACUGACACGAGCACUGUACCCACAUGUAAGUGUUCCAGUCACGUUUGCUGAUCAACUGCGGCGCAAUGAAACGACCGAAGUUAAGAAAAGCGAGUAAGCGCGUGUCAUGCUCCAAACGGUAUAAAAUACAGAAAAAGGUUCGGGAACACAACAGAAAAUUAAGGAAAGAAGCAAAGAAGAAGGGAGUGAGCAAACGACCGAAGAAGGACCCAGGAGUUCCCAGCAGUGCUCCUUUCAAAGAGGAGGUUCUCAGAGAGGCCGAGCAGAGGAGGCUGCAGAUUGAAGAAGAAAAAGAGAAAAAGAGACAAGCUGUAAAAGAAGAAAGAGCCAAGAAGAGGCAAAAAGAAAAAGAACCUAUAAAAAAUGAGACUGAACCCAAGGCCAAAAGAACACGAACGGAUGAAAAUGGAAAGAAAUCAGAGAGACAAAAGGACAAGAAUUCAAAAGAGUUCAUUUGUGGAGAAAUAAACAAGGUCAUUGAUGCUUCUGAUGUAGUUUUUGAAGUCCUCGAUGCUCGCGACCCUCUGGGCUGCAGGUGUCCACAGCUGGAGGAGGCGGUGCUGCAGAGGAACAAGAAACUGCUUCUAGUUUUAAACAAAAUAGACCUGGUACCGAAGGAUAAUGUAGAGCAGUGGAUAAAAUGUUUACAAAAGGAGUUUCCAGUGGUGGCUUUUAAAGGAUCAACACUGAAUCAGCCAACAGUGAAACCAAAGAAUCGUGGGGUCGUGGCAAACAGAACCAGAGUACAAGUCUGUUUUGGAAACGACUUCCUCACUGAGCUCCUCACAGAAUACGCAGCAAAAAAGGAGACAGAGUCUCUCAAAGUGGGCAUAGUUGGCUUCCCUAAUGUAGGGAAGAGCAGUUUGAUCAACAGUUUGAAGGGGGGCCAGGCCUGCAACGCUGGAGCCCAGAGGGGCAUCACAAAAAUGAUGCAGGAAGUUAACAUCUCAAAAACAGUCAAGCUCAUAGACAGUCCUGGAAUUCUGGCACUGCCGUCCAGCCCUCCAGUUGUUCUGGCUCUGAGGAGUCUGCUGGUGGAGCAGGGUGAGGAGAAUGUGUUGGAGGCGGUGAGGACGCUGCUCAAACAGUGUGACAAGACACAGAUCAUGCUUCAGUACAUGAUUCCAGACUUUAGGAACUCACUGGAGUUUCUGACCUUGUUUGCCAAAAAGCGUGGAUUUCUUCAGAAGGGUGGAGUUCCCAACACACAUCAGGCAGCAACGACUUUCCUGGGCGAUUGGACAGGAGCCAAGCUGAGUUAUCACUGUAAGGUGUCAGAGAGAGUUCUUCCUCCGUAUCUGUCUGACUCUGUGGUGGAAGACUUGAAGAACGACUGGGAUCUAGACAAACUGAACACGGGAAAUGAGACGGUUCUAAAAGGUCUUAAAUUCUCAAACCCAGCCAGCAGCAUCAGCUUCAUCUCCAAAGGGCCAACAGACGGCCUGCUGAGUGUCGGUGAAAUCACAGAAGUAAAACCUGGAGCAGGGCUCACAGAGGGGGAGACGGUGCAGAGCGAGCCUCAACAAAUUCCUGAGGACCCAGAUGCAGCAAAAGGAGAGGAGAAACCAGAACAGACUUCACAGAAAAAAAAGCCCACCACGGUGCAAUUUACUACAGAUAUUGCUCUCUCCGAGUCUACAGCAGAGGGUGGCUAUGAUUUUAAUAAAUAUUUUUAAUGGACCUUUCCUCUCCUGUGGCCUCCAAACCUAGACAAUAAUGCAGGACUAGAGUUUGUCUUGGACGUGUGGCUCCCUGAUGAAACCUGGAAACUUGAGGGGAGGUUUCUGGUGUUCCCCUCCGACCUGUAUUCCCUGUUAAAGGUUAAACCAUGACCUUUUAUUUAAUCUCUGACCUGUCCAUUCACAAGUUCUUGUUGCAUACAGAUUCAUGUAAAUAGCUGAUGUACUGAUGAUGAUCAGUAUGUGGUUCUGUAAAAAAUGUAAUAAAACACUCUUCUUUCCAGA